AUGACGACCACUGCCGGAGGUACCGGUGCUGCUUGUCAAGCGAACCCGCACGAAAACGGUGACUACGGUAGCUGGUCGGCACACAAAAAGCCACAACGCCGUUUCUUGACGCUCCGGCAAUGUUUAUUCUCAAAGCCCGUAUACACGCGAUGCGCAACGCGUGGCGGUGACCGUAGCCGACUUCCACUGUAUUCCUUUAGUCUGCUGUUCCUCGUUUCAAAGCCGUUUGACAUCGAAGAUGACAUGCACCUGGUGGAUAUGACCGACAGAACAGAUGUGUCAACAUCAAUCGGCACUUGUCAUCAAAUUGUCAUCAAAAUUUGUUAG